GGUCACAGCAGCAAGACCAAAUUCGUUUGAACCUCCCCUCCACCAUUACUGCUUCAGUUGGCAAUAACUAAUCCUAUCACUCGAGAAUCUCACCAUCGCACCUCACUCUCCUUCUCUUGAUCUACUGUACAUCUCUCAGUCUGCUUCUGCCGCGAAGACAGUCUGCAUUGAUCUCAUACCCCAAGCUCUUCUGUCGAAAGAGCUACCAACACUCAUUCCCUCUUGCGACACCAGGUGGCAUUAGUUUGCUCACUUCGACUUGUCUUGUAUAAUCUAUACCUACCGCCACCAUGUAUUCCGGAGGUGCUACUGGCACCCACACUCCUCGAUCCUCUCAGAAUCUGCGACCUCUCACUCUCGCCCAUGGCUCCCUCGAAUACUCCUUCUUAAUACCUACCGCUCUCCACUUUCAGGCCUCUCAGCUGCAAGCGACCUUCAAGACAUCUCUGCCUGAACCAACAGACGAAUUGGCUCAAGAUGACGAGCCAUCCUCCACUGCCGAGCUUGUCGCCCGUUUCAUUGGCUUUAUUGCCGCAGAAGUCGAAGAUGACGAGGAGGCAACAGGUUUCUCCGAGGUGCUGAAAGUGGUCCUGAACGAGUUCGAGAGAUCUUUCAUGCAUGCCAAUGAUGUCCAUGCAUUGGCUGCAACCCUGCCUGGAAUCACCGAGAAGAAAUUGGUCGUGGUCCGGUGCUAUUACGCCGGCCGCGCAGCAGUCGCACGACCCAUCAAGCCUCAUGAUUCUGCCCUUCUCAGAGCUGCGGAUGAUGAGGAAUCAAGUCUUUUCACCGUCUUCGGAGGUCAGGGCAAUAUCGAAGAAUACUUUGACGAGCUGAGAGAGGUGUAUACCACAUACCCAUGGUUUACGAAAGACCUGAUCGAGUCCUCCGCAGAACUGCUGCAGAAUCUAGCAAGAAGUCCCAAGGCAGACAAAUUCUACUCCAAGGGUCUGGACAUCAUGCGUUGGCUGGCAGAUCCAGAGACGCAGCCUGACACCGAUUAUCUGGUGUCCGCGCCUGUUAGUCUGCCCUUGAUUGGCCUGGUUCAGCUUGCCCACUAUUCAGUCACUUGCAAAGCCCUCGGAAAGACGCCUGGCGAGGUAAACGAGAGGUUGAAUGGUACCACUGGGCACUCACAAGGUGUUGUGACGGCUGCCGCCAUUGCUACCGCAACAUCAUGGGAAAGCUUCGCCAGAGCCGCCAAAGAGGCCAUCACCAUGCUAUUUUGGAUUGGUAUGAGGAGCCAGCAGGCUUAUCCUCGCACUAGCAUUGCGCCGUCCAUCCUGCAAGACUCUCUGGAGGCCGGUGAGGGCAUCCCCACACCUAUGCUGUCUGUCCGAGAUCUUUCCAUAAAGCAGCUUCAAGAACAUAUCGACGCCACCAACGAGCAUCUGCCUCAGGAUCGACAUAUCGCCAUUUCCCUUAUCAACAGUGCUCGCAACUUCGUUGUCACGGGUGCGCCAAUCUCGCUUCACGGUCUGAACCUGCGCCUGCGCAAGGUCAAGGCUCCUACUGGCCUGGAUCAGAACAGAAUACCCUACACAGAGCGUAAAGUCCGCUUUGUCAACCGAUUCCUGCCUAUUACCGCACCCUUCCACAGCCCUCUUCUUGGUGAGGCUUUCAAGAGCAUCCAAGAAGAUCUCAGUGACCUCAAGAUCCCUGCUUCCCGCCUGACCAUCCCGGUUUACGACACCAAUUCCGGCGAGGACCUCCGUGCGCAACAAGACAAGGACAUUGUUCCAGCUCUCGUGCGUAUGAUCACGCAAGAUCCUGUUCACUGGGAGCAGGCGACUGUCUUUCCCGGUGCCACUCACAUCAUUGAUUUCGGGCCCGGAGGCAUCUCAGGUCUUGGAGUUCUCACCAAUAGAAACAAGGAUGGAACUGGCGUUCGUGUUAUCCUAGCCGGCGCAAUGGAUGGCACCAAUGCUGAAGUUGGCUACAAGCCUGAGCUUUUCGACCGUGAUGAGGAGCAUGCAGUCAAAUACGCCACCAACUGGGUCAAGGAACAUGGUCCCAAGCUCGUCAAGACCUCUAUUGGUCAGACUUAUGUCGACACCAAGAUGUCCCGCCUGCUUGGCGUUCCACCAUUGAUGGUCGCCGGCAUGACGCCGUGUACUGUUCCUUGGGAUUUCGUUGCUGCUACCAUGAACGCUGGCUACCACGUCGAGCUGGCUGGUGGCGGUUACUACAAUGCCAAAGGCUUGACCGAAGCAUUGACCAAGAUCGAAAAGGCUAUUCCUCCUGGACGAGGUAUUACCGUUAACUUGAUCUAUGUCAACCCUCGAGCGAUGGGCUGGCAAAUUCCCCUCCUUGCUCAACUCCGAGCCGAUGGUGUUCCCAUCGAGGGUCUGACUAUUGGUGCCGGUGUUCCAUCCAUUGAAGUGGCUCAAGAGUACAUUGACACCCUGGGCAUCAAGCAUAUUGCCUUCAAGCCGGGCUCUAUGGAUGCCAUUCAGUCUGUCAUCAACAUUGCCAGAGCCAACCCAACGUUUCCUGUCAUUUUGCAAUGGACUGGUGGUCGCGGCGGUGGUCACCAUUCCUUUGAGGACUUCCAUCAACCAAUUAUACAAAUGUAUGGUCGUAUUCGAAAAUGCCAGAACAUCAUUUUGGUGGCUGGUAGUGGUUUUGGUGGUUCGGAAGACACUUAUCCGUACGUGACUGGCACCUGGGCAAGCAACUUCGGGUAUCCCCCGAUGCCUUUCGACGGUGUCCUGUUCGGCAGCAGAAUGAUGACAGCAAAGGAAGCCCACACUUCCACCAACGCCAAAAAGGCCAUUGCGGAAGCGGAGGGCGCUGACGACUCUCAGUGGGAGAAGACUUACAAAGGUGCCACUGGAGGCGUCAUCACUGUCCGCUCCGAAAUGGGUGAGCCCAUUCACAAGUUGGCCACUCGUGGUGUCAAGUUCUGGGCCGAAAUGGACCAGAAGAUUUUCACUUUGGACAAGAAGAAGCGAGUUGCGGAGCUGAAGAAGCAACGUGAAUACAUCAUCAAGAAACUCAACGACGAUUUUCAAAAGGUGUGGUUCGGCAAGAACUCUGCUGGCGAGACUGUUGACCUUGAAGACAUGACCUACGCUGAGGUCGUUCGUCGCAUGGUUGACCUUAUGUAUAUCAAGCACCAGUCUCGCUGGAUCGAGGUUAGUCUUCGAAACUUGACGGUCGACUUCAUUCGCCGCGUUGAGGAACGCUUUACCGUCGGCUCUGGCAAGCCGUCUCUCAUCCAGAGCUACGCUGACUUUGAAUCCCCUUAUCCUGUUGUUGAAAAGGUUCUGGCUGCUUACCCCGAAUCCGAGACUCAGUUGAUCAACGCACAAGAUGUCCAACACUUCUUGCUCCUUUGCCAGCGCCGUGGACAAAAGCCUGUGCCAUUCGUGCCUUCGUUGGACGAGAACUUCGAGUUUUGGUUCAAGAAGGACUCUCUGUGGCAGUCGGAAGACCUAGAUGCUGUGAUCGAUCAAGAUGUCGGUAGGACCUGCAUUCUUCAAGGUCCCAUGGCUGCCAAAUACACCACAAAGAUCGACGAGCCCAUCAAGGAUAUCCUGGAUGGUAUCCACAACGACCACAUCAAAGGCCUCGUGCAAGAUGUCUACGGUGGCCGAGAGUCGGCUGUGCCAGUGGUCGAGUACUUUGGUGGGAAGAUCAUUGCUUCUCCAGACAGUGUGGUAGAGCUAGAUGGAGUUACUGUCAUUCCAGAUGGAUCUCGAACGACAUACAGACUGUCGAGCGCGCCUUCGGCUACUCUUCCAGAGGUGGAAGAUUGGCUACAGUUAUUGGCUGGCAAGACCUACUCAUGGCGGCAUGCCCUCUUCACGACGGACGUAAUUGUGCAAGGCGCUCGCUAUCAGAACAACCCUCUUAAGCGCGUCCUGGCUCCCGUACGAGGUAUGUCUGUGGAGAUUGCACAUCCCAAGGAGCCUGCGAGAACCACAAUCACUGUUAAAGAGCACACCCAGUCCGGCAAUGUUGUCAAGAGUCUAGACAUCAGCUUGGUGGGCAAGAACGAGAUCUUGAUGAACAUGUGGGAGGAGAGAACUGCUGAAGGUGAAGCGGUCGCGUUGCCCUUCAGCUUCAUCUACCACCCUGAGACUGGCUAUGCACCAAUCCACGAAGUUAUGGAUAGUCGCAACGAUCGCAUCAAGGAAUUCUACUAUCGAAUCUGGUUCGGGGAGAAGGACGUCCCGUUCGACACUCCUACUACCAACACCUUUGAUGGCGGCAAGGCCACUGUUGUUACUCAAGACAUUGCCGACUUUGUUCACGCAGUUGGCAAUACAGGCGAGGCUUUCGUUGAUCGUCCGGGCAAGGAAGUGUUUGCACCUAUGGACUUUGCCAUUGUCGUGGGGUGGAAAGCCAUCACGAAGCCCAUCUUCCCACGCUCCAUUGACGGCGAUUUGCUCAAACUCGUCCAUUUGUCCAAUGGCUUCCGCAUGCUUCCUGGUGCCGAACCACUCAAGGUCGGCGAUGAGCUGCAUACCUCUGCACGCAUCAAUGCAGUCAUCAACCAAGAGUCGGGGAAGAUGGUAGAGGUGUGUGGAACGAUCACUCGUGCAGGUCAGCCGGUCAUGGAGGUGACCAGCCAGUUCUUGUACAGAGGCAACUACACGGAUUACGAGAACACUUUCCAACGCAAGGAGGAAACCCCGAUUGAAGUCACCCUGGCCACUACUAAGGAUGUGGCUGUCCUCCGCUCCAAAGAAUGGUUCCAUCUAGACGAGCCAGAUAUCGACUUGCUCGGAUCCACCCUGACUUUCCGCCUGUCUUCCCUGGUUCGCUUCAAGAACAAGAGCGUGUACCAGAGCGUUGAGACAGUCGGUCAGGCUCUGCUGGAGCUGCCUACGAAAGAGGUGAUACAAGUGGCCUCGAUUGAGUACGAUGCAGGCGUGUCUCACGGUAAUCCUGUGAUCGACUACCUCCAACGACAUGGUCAAUCCAUCGAACAGCCUGUCAACUUCGAGCAUGCCAUCCCAUUGAGUGGCAAGACUCCAUUGUCUCUUAGGGCUCCCGCGUCGAACGAGACUUACGCUCGUGUCUCUGGCGACUACAACCCUAUCCACGUUUCACGUAUCUUUGCCAGCUACGCCAAUCUUCCUGGCACUAUUACGCACGGCAUGUAUUCCAGUGCCGCGGUUCGAAGUCUCGUCGAGACAUGGGCUGCGGAGAACAAUAUUGGUCGAGUCCGAAGCUACCAUGUCACCUUGGUUGGCAUGGUCCUGCCUAAUGAUGAUCUGGAAGUCAAGCUUGAACACGUGGGCAUGGUUGCUGGUCGCAAGAUCAUCAAGAUCGAGACCAGCAACAAGGAGACCGGCGACAAAGUGCUCUUGGCCGAGGCUGAAGUCGAACAACCAGUCUCGUCCUACGUCUUCACCGGUCAAGGUUCUCAGGAGCAAGGUAUGGGUAUGGACCUGUAUGGUCGCAGUGCCGUGGCGAAGGAGGUCUGGGACCGGGCCGAUCGUCACUUUAUGGACAACUAUGGUCUGUCCAUCAUCAACAUCGUCAAGAACAACCCCAAAGAGCUCACCAUUCACUUUGGUGGACCUCGUGGUAAGGCCAUCCGCCAAAAUUACAUGGCCAUGACGUUCGAGACGAUCAACGCCGACGGAUCCGUCAAGUCGGAAAAGAUCUUUAAGGAGAUCAACGAGACCACCACCUCGUACACCUACCGAUCACCUACCGGACUUCUUUCUGCUACACAAUUCACUCAGCCCGCCUUGACGUUGAUGGAAAAGGCCAGCUUCGAGGAUAUGCGGAUCAAGGGUCUUGUACAGCGUGACAGCAGUUUCGCCGGCCACUCCUUGGGUGAGUACUCUGCUCUGGCUUCCAUCGCCGAGGUCAUGCCCAUUGAAAGCUUGGUGUCUGUCGUCUUCUACCGUGGCUUGACCAUGCAAGUGGCCGUGGAGCGUGACGAACAAGGACGAAGCAACUAUUCCAUGUGCGCCGUCAACCCGAGCCGUAUCUCCAAAACAUUCAACGAGCAGGCCUUGCAAUAUGUUGUGGAAAAUAUUGCUGAGACCACCGGCUGGCUGGUCGAGAUUGUCAACUACAACGUUGCGAACAUGCAAUACGUGUGUGCCGGUGACCUUAGGGCCUUGGACUGUUUGACCAAUGUGCUCAAUGUGCUCAAGAUGCAAAAGAUUGACAUUCAGGCAUUGAUGCAGCAAAUGUCGCUUGAUGAUGUCAAAGCCCAUUUGGUCGAAAUUAUCACCGAGUGCCAGAAGAAGACCGAGGCCAAACCUCAACCAGUCGAGCUUGAACGAGGGUUUGCGGUCAUUCCUCUUAGGGGCAUCGACGUGCCGUUCCACAGCACAUUCUUGCGAUCCGGCGUCAAGCCUUUCCGGUCGUUCUUGUUGAAGAAGAUCAACAAGACCAGCAUCGAUCCAGCCAAGUUGAUUGGCAAGUACAUUCCUAACGUCACCGCGAAACCAUUCGAGAUCACCAAAGAGUACUUCGAGGAAGUCUACCGACUGACGAAUUCACCUCGAUUGGCCAAGAUCUUGGAAGAUUGGGACAAGUAUGAGUCUGGUGAUAGUUCAGCGGCGGAUAGGCGUCUAUCGACAGUGGCAUAAUUGAGCCGGCGAUUACGCGUAUAAUCGAGUUUUCUUUUUCUCGGCCUGGCGUUAUUGAGGUUUCAAGGGCUCGAUCGAUGCUGGCGCUUUGAGCGAGAUGAACACAAUGGCUUAUCUGG